AUUGUAUUCUGCUAAAUCAAUGAAUUCCACUACGAAUUCUACUACGAAUUCAACCGCUGGUCCAGAUUCUGGUGCUGUUCCUCCCACCGGUGGGAUUAUUGAAGCAUUGAUGCUCUUGGUCUUUGAUGUUCUUGCCUUUGUGAGCCAACUGCAGUCGGAUCCAAAAGGCGCCAUCAGCAACCAUCAGCAUCUUGUUGUCUUGCUUCUGAUAAUGCUCGUUACUCCUAUCCUCUUUAAACUGAUUUCAAAGUUCUCUCUUUCUACUCAGGCAGGAGUAGAUCUUCGAUUAGCAGGAAAUGUUGAGGAGGAGGCAAAGGAACUGGAAGAGGAAAUUUGCAAGGCUCCCGUUACCGAAGCCAUUUGGGAGAUUGGUGUCAGUGCCAAAUCUGCCUCUGUUGUCGAGGAAGGUGUCGUUCGUGUAGUUGCGUUUACCAAAAAUCUGCGUCCUCCCACUGCCGAGCAUAUUGUUGCUACUCUGAUCAAGGCCAUUGCUCGUCCCGAGUUUUUGACCAAGUCGCCUGUGCGUCGUCCAAAAAUCGCCAUGUUUUUAUCUUCCCGUACCUGCUCUGACGCAAUCGUUUCCAAAGUCGCUUCUAUCAUGAAUGACAAGUGCGGCAUACGUGUCACUACUAGCGAAGCUCUUGCUCCAGAGCUUUCUAAAAUCCAAAAGAAACGAUCAAAGGAAAUCUUGCAACAAGAGGCAAAGGAUCAGGUUACGACCCCACGCGGUGUAAAGAAUCUUGAUAUUAAGCUGCUGCCUAUGCCCAACCGUUUUUGUUUUACGUGCAAAAAAGAAAUUCUUACCAAACCUAGCCAGUGCAGUGCUUGCAAAGCUGUCAUUUACUGCUCUGCAGAAUGUGCUAAAAAAGAUUGGCCUCAGCAUAAGCCCAUGUGUGGUCUGCUCAAAAUCAAUGUCGCCCAUUUGGAGGAGUGGAAGCUUCAUAAUCUGCCUUUUGAUUUUUAUACCGAAAAAUCUCCUUUGGCUUCAUACAAUCAAGUUCCUUUCCUUAGCCAGCAGGGGUAUCACAAUGUUGGCAUAUUUCGUCGUCUCUGUGGCUGCUAUAACAAUGUUGCCUGUGGUGAAAUGGCAGCUAAUAUGCUUGCUCAGAUCCAGGACACCAAUCCGUCAGCACAAGAAAAGUUUACUAUGCUCGGUCUACCAGAUGAGAUGUACCCAUUAUCUAAGCCUUUUCCUAAAGACUUUGAUGUCAAUACAAUUGUGGACUGGAAAACGCUAUUUGAGGCUCGUGGAUGGUCGUUUGACAAUCCAGCCGCGCUUGUUCUUGACAUUCCCAUGACUAUUUGGUACCUCACUAAUCGUUUUGUUAUACAGGGUCUUGCCGCUCAAAAAAAAGAGCCUUGCCUUAUCACCAUUCACCUGGUGGGUGUCGAAAUUGAGGCCGAUUACAUGGGACUAUUUGAGGUUCUUUUGCCCAUGUUUCCCGGUUGCCAUGUAGCAAUCCAUAUGAUUGGGCCAUCUAUUUCCAAGGACAUCAAGGCAAAACAUCGAUCCAUUGCCAUGCGCAGCGAAGCUUCCGAUAGUAGUAUUUUUAUUUCUUUCAACACGGAUCUCUACUUGCCCAAAUAUCUUGAAGGAACUGCUUUCCCCAUUCCACCCAACCUUCCCGAUGAGAUCAAGACCAAGUUCAAUUUUGGUGUAGGCAAGCCUGAUUUGGUCAUUGCUCUUAAUGCAGCUGUCAUGUCAUACAAAGAAUGGAAACCGUGCGUUCAGAUGCUGAUAGAGGCCAAUCAAAAGGCAGUGUUUACAGAUGGACUUGAGCAGAUGGGCGAUGCACUGGGCUCCAAUCUACCUCACCUUGGAUCUAAACUGUCAGUCAAGGCAACUCCUAACCCCUUCCGUCAUCCCGUGUAUCAGUACAAACCAGACGUUAAUCUCCCAUCAUGGUCUAAUGGGUUUUACUUUGGAAUUGGUCCACUUUGAGUUCAAAAUAAAAAUGCUGUAAGCAAAUGUUGCAAGC